AUGGCAGACGAGAAACCUAACAUCUCUCCCCACGGGGCACCCGACAACCCCCACGGGGCGGGUGCGCCCCUCAGCCAGCCAGCCCACUCACUGACUUAUGAAGCGGUGAUAAAGGCGCUCGGCACUGCGCUGGACGAGGGAUUGAACCCCGAGGAAGCCAGCCGUCGUCUCCAGGAAUAUGGUCCCAAUAAACUGGAGGAAGGCGAAGGCGUCUCGGUGGUCAAGAUUCUCGUGCGCCAGGUGGCCAACGCAAUGAUGCUAGUGCUGAUUCUGGCUAUGGCGGUCAGUUUCGGAAUUCAGUCGUGGAUUGAAGGCGGAGUGAUCUGUGCUGUGAUUGUCCUCAACAUCGUUGUUGGUUUUUUCCAAGAGUACGCCGCGGAAAAAACCAUGGAAUCGUUGCAUUCGUUAUCAUCGCCUACAGGCACUGUCUCCAGAGGUGGCCAGACGUUCUCGGUGCCUUCGCAUGAUAUCGUACCGGGUGACAUGGUAGAGCUGAGGACGGGAGACACUGUCCCAGCAGAUAUUCGUCUGGUUGAAGCAGUCAACUUCGAAACCGACGAGGCUCUCCUGACCGGCGAGUCUCUUCCCGUCCAGAAGGAAUGUGACUCCACCUUCAAAGAGGAUACCGGCCCUGGUGACCGUCUGAAUAUCGCUUAUAGCUCGAGUACGGUCACCCGUGGUCGGGCUCGUGGUGUGGUUGUUGGUACAGGCAUGUCCACUGAAAUCGGAUCUAUUGCCCUUGCACUACGGGCCAGUGACAACAAACGACGGCCCGUCAGGCGUGGGCCCGAAGGCGAGACUAAGAAACGGUGGUAUCUCGAGGCCUGGACUCUUACUGGGACGGAUGCCGUGGGCCGCUUUCUUGGUGUUAAUAUUGGCACGCCCCUGCAAAGGAAGCUGUCAAAACUGGCCUGUUUACUAUUUGGAAUCGCCGUUCUAUUCGCCAUUGUCUGUAUGGCUGCAAACUACUUCAGCAGCAACAAUGAGGUUAUCAUGUACGCAGUUGCAACGGGUAUCAGUAUGAUUCCGGCUUGUCUUGUGGUCGUCCUUACGAUCACGAUGGCCGUUGGCACCAAGCGCAUGGUCGAGCGGAAUGUUAUUGUCCGAAAACUGGACUCCCUGGAAGCACUUGGUGCCGUCACCGACAUUUGUUCCGACAAGACCGGUACAUUGACUCAGGGCAAGAUGGUUGUCAAAAAGGCAUGGAUCCCAUCCCGAGGCAUAUAUUCUGUCGGCACGUCCAACGAGCCUUUCAAUCCUACUGUUGGGGACAUUACAUUCACACCUGUGGCUCCCUUGGAAUUCGACGAGGAGAAGGAAGGUGCCGCUGCGCCGAAUAUCGAAGAUCUAGUUUCGGAGAAUCGCCAGCUCGAGGACUUUCUGGAUGUCGCUUCCAUGGCCAACCUUUCCCACGUGUUCAAGUCCGAGGAGGGCGAAUGGAGCGCUCGCGGCGAACCUACUGAAAUUGCCAUCCAAGUUUUUGCGUCAAGAUUCAACUGGAACCGAGACCGCUGGACCAAGGGCGAAGGUGCGGUGUGGCAUCAAAAGGCCGAGUUCCCAUUCGACUCGACGGUAAAGAAAAUGUCUGUGAUCUUCAGCAAAAGAGGAGCCUGUGAGGACAAAGAAGACCACACCAUGGUGUUUACCAAGGGUGCGGUCGAGCGCGUCGUCGAAUCGUGCACCUCUGUUAUUUGGGAUCAAGGCUCAUCUACCCCUGUGCCCAUGACCGAAGACCACCGUGAGAAAAUUUACCAAAACAUGGAGGAGCUCGCCAAGCUAGGACUUCGGGUAUUAGCCCUGGCUCACCGGCCAUGUACCGACAAGCUACAAUCACUUGAAGGUGCCGACCCCGAACGGGAUGAUGUUGAGAAGGAUCUGUGCUUCCUCGGACUUAUUGGUUUGUACGAUCCCCCACGGCCUGAAACAGCAGAC